AUGCCUGAAGUUGUAGAGCAUCAUGCUCUUUCUAUGAGCUGUUUCUUGGGUCUAACCAGUUUAGAAGAUGCCAUUCAGCAAGAUGACAGGUUACGCAGGAUCAUGCAACAACUUUUGAUCGACCCAAAUAGCCAUCCUCAUUUCAGAUUGGUGGGACGACAUCUACUGUACCAUGACAAGCUGGUGGUGCCUAAAUCUAGACCUCAUAUCCAAGAAAUAUUACAUGAGUUUCAUGCCUCGCCCAUUAGGGGCCAUUUGGGUUUCUUUUGGACAUAUAAACACAUCACAAAUGUGGUGUUUUGGGAGGGGAUGAAGAAAGAUAUUAAGGAGUUUGUGGACGCUUGCACCAUUUGCAAACAAAACAAAUACAACGCCUUGAGCCCAACGGGUUUGCUUCAGCCACUGCCUAUUCCUAACCAAGUGUGGGAAGAUGUCUCUAUGGACUUUAUCAUGGGGCUUCCCAAGGGUCAUGGGGUCAGUGUUUUACUUGGAGAGCUCAUAACUCUUGAGAUAAGGGACACCCUUAAUCCUUAUCUUCAAUCACUCCUUGAAGAGCAUGGAAAUUUUAUGGUAGAUUUAGUGAACAACUUUCCUACCGCACCUAUCGAAGAAAAGCUAGCUUUUCCAGUUUGUAGAUCCCAUUCCAGCCUUGACUCCAAGAAGCCAGAAGCAUUCUCUCAUGUCAGCGCCCCAAGUCUAGCAGCAGAUCUCUGCCCUCAACUUUGCUGCCUCUCAGAGCUUGGCAUGGAUCUUAAGCAGAUCAAGGUAGCUACACGCAGAUAUCCUAAUUUUGCCUACUGCAGCUUGGAUGGCUAA